UUGAAUGCAAUUUCUUUCUGUUCAUCUCCAGCUCUGAAAUGGAGUGAAACAAUUCACCAACCGCGGAAUCAAUCUUCUUCCAUCUUCUUCUCCCCCAUUCUCUCAUCCAAUUGCUCCUCCAACCUCAGUCUCGGCCAAUUCUCAGCUCUCUGCUCCGGAAUCGAAUCCAUCCUGCACAGCAAUUUCAUUACCGAACCAAGUCUCAGAUGUUGUGAUCUGCAAGAUCUGAUAAAUGCAUCAGUUUUGAAUCAUUUUGGAUUUCGAAGGUUGAAGACGAAGCCUGUUAGUUGCUGAGAAGAUGCGGAGUAAGGGAUCGAAUGCUCGCCUGUCGGGCAUGCCUAUUCGAUCCCGAGUUCCCACCCUUUUGCUCUCCAUGUUCGCUACCUUCGCUUCCAUCUACGUCGCCGGCCGAUUAUGGCAGGAUGCGGAGAACAGGGUUUACUUGAUUAAAGAGCUGGAUAGGCUAACUGGCCAGGGACAGUCUGCUAUCUCAGUGGAUGAUACAUUAAAAAUCAUAGCCUGCAGGGAACAACAAAAGAAGUUGAUGGCGCUUGAGAUGGAUUUGGCUGCUGCUAGACAGGAGGGUUUUUUGGUGAAGCAUUCAAGAGAGACUAACGAAACAAGGAUCCCCUUGGUUGUAAUUGGAGUCAUCACUAGAUUUGGCCGCAAAAACAACAGAGAUGCAAUUCGUAAAGCAUGGAUGGGAACUGGUGCUUCUUUGAAAAAAAUGGAGAAUCAGAAGGGCAUAAUUGCUAGAUUUGUCAUUGGAAGAAGUGCAAACCGUGGGGACAGUUUAGACAGGGCCAUUGACGAUGAAAAUAGACAAUAUAAUGAUUUCGUUAUACAUAAUGACCAUGUGGAGGCGCCUGAAGAGCUUCCAAAGAAGGCUAAGCUUUUUUUUGCUUAUGCUGUUGAUAAAUGGGAUGCCGAAUUUUAUGCCAAAGUCAAUGAUGAUGUUUAUAUAAAUAUUGAUGCCCUGGGGAGCACACUUGCUUCUUAUUUGGACAAACCUCGUGUCUAUGUCGGGUGCAUGAAAUCUGGUGAAGUAUUCUCUGAACCGGGCCAUAAAUGGUACGAACCAGAUUGGUGGAAAUUUGGUGACAAAAAAACAUACUUCCGUCAUGCUUCAGGUGAAAUGUAUGUCAUAUCAAAAGCUCUGGCCAAGUUUAUUUCAAUAAACAGAUCUAUUCUCCGUUCUUACGCCCAUGACGAUGUCACGGCCGGUUCCUGGUUUGUUGGGCUCGACGUUGCAUACAUUGACGAGGGGAAGUUUUGCUGCUCUUCUUGGGCUGCAGGAGCUAUUUGUGCUGGUGUCUGAUUGAUUUGCCUGAAGAUCGUUGAUGGAAAAUGGAAGUACAAGCCUGAAGAGAACACAUAGCUAAUUUAUAUCUUUUUGAUGUCCUUGUGUGUGGCUAGACGGAAGAAGAUCUCACUUCUGAUACGGUCUUCGGAUUCUAACGGUAAUGGCGAUUUUUCGAGAGAUUGGCCAGUGGUUGAACAGUUUGUAAGAUGUGUGAUACAGGAACAUUAACAGGUAAAGGGAGCGGUAAUUUUCUUCAUUCUUUGGACUUCACUGCCUCUUACUGCCAUUAUUAUCUGUAGUUUGUCCACAUAAAUGUUAAUUCUUUACGGUGAGUUUUUUUUGUUAGUACAACGUGUGGAUAGGAUAUCAAAUUCAUAACCUCUUGGUUGGAGAUAGAUGUUAAUUACCAUUGAGUUAUGUCCGCUUUGACAAUCCAUCUUGACGAGUUGAAACUUGAGAAAUGUAGAUUUUAUUUUGCAAA